ACAUUACUUUGAUCAAUGGCAACUAAAACUUCAGCCAGUGGAUUAAAUUCAUUGAUUACAUGUAUGAAGAUUGAAGAGAUAAUACCAAUCUGCUUCAUUGUACCUCUUCAACUGACCUUUGAUUGUAAUGAAGGACAAACUUACUUAGAACUUGUCACACAGAGGGGUGAGGAGUUUCUCCUGUAUCUCCAGUCACAAUAUCUUCCGUCUCUCAUGAUACCAACUGACAUUGGACAGGAAAUGUCAGUGAGACUUCAGGAGAAUGACAUGAAGUCAUUAAAGAUAUAUUUUAAAGCAUUAUUUACCAGUUUGAGAACUUCACCGACUCAAAGAUCAUAGAGUCUAAUUUUAUAUUAUUAUUAUUAUUACUAUAAUUUUUAAUAAUCAAUAAGUGAUUAUAUGAUGU